UCUGAAUUUUGUUUUCUUUCUCUCUUUUCAAUCCGAUAAGGGUUUCUAUCACCGCAUGUGAUUGAAUGUUUCGGAGGAAAUAAUGGCGUCGACUUCGAAGAAGAUAAUGCUGAGGAGUUCCGACGGCGAGACUUUCGAGGUGGAGGAAGCUGUGGCGGUCGAGUCGCAGACGAUCAAACACAUGAUCGAGGACGACUGCGCCGACAACGAGAUCCCUCUACCGAACGUCACCAGCAAGAUCUUAUUGAAGGUCCUUGAGUACUGCAAGAAGCACGUCGAUGCCGCCGCUGACAAGGAAAAGAACCCCGAGGAUGAAAUAAAGGCUUGGGAUGCUGAUUUUGUCAAAGUUGACCAAAAUACCCUCUUUGACCUCAUCUUGGCUGCGAACUAUCUGAAUAUCAAAAGUUUAUUGGACUUGACCUGCCAAACUGUGGCUGACAUGAUUAAGGGGAAGACACCCGAGGAGAUUCGCAAGACGUUCAACAUCAAGAACGAUUUCACCCCAGAGGAGGAGGAGGAGGCUAGGAGGGAGAACCAGUGGGCAUUCGAAUGAUAGGAAAGCUUUUAAAUUAAAUGUUGAUAUUACCAUAGUUUCUGAUUUUUUCGGGUUUUAUCAGUGGGUUUUCUAGUUGGGGAACAAUGAGAGAUGGCUUUAUCUGGGUUAUUUUGUUCUAUGCAUCAGCCGGUUCUACUUGUUGGACGAUUUACUAUGAACAGCUCCACAAUCUAUUAUCCUAAUAUAAUUAGAAUUUCAUAA